AUGUCAGGGACAAAAGCCGCCCUCAAGGGCAUCAACGACGCUAUUCGCCAGCAAAAGUUCGAUGAUGCUGUGAGCAAAGCUCGGGACCUUCUGGAAAAGGACUCCAAGAACUACCAAGCUCAUAUCUUUUUGGCAUUUGCUCUGGACAAACAAGACAGACUCGACCAAGCCCAGGAGACUUAUCGGUCUGCAACAUGGCUUCGACCCCAAGAAGCACAAGCUUGGCAGGGUCUGAUCAAGCUGUGUGAGAAGCAAAACAACAAGAAACUCACAGACUACCACCAAGCAGUAGUCAAUCUGGCUCAGAUUUACCGGGACGCCGAUGACAUGUACAAGGCUCAGGAUGUCGUGGACAAAUUUGUCGAUUUCGCUAGAGUAAAAGGAGAUGAUAUUCAAUACGCCGAGGCACUGUCGAUACAACUUCCUGAAAGUCCACUCUAUCCUGUUCUUGAGGGCCGCUUCCCUCAUCCCGCUAGAACGUAUGAGACUGUCGCGAUCAUCCUCGAGAAGUACGAGAAGCACCGGAUAAACACCCUCAUCGGAGAGCGGCGAACCAAACUAGGCGCCAAGCUUUCUGAAGUCACUCUUGAUGCCAAACGCGAAGUUUACAGUCAGAGCAAGCUCGAACACAUUUACCGACAGCUGAUCAACUGGACAAGCGAUGACGAUUUAAGAAGACAGUACGAGGAGAAGCUCCUGCAGCUUUGCUAUGACCGCCUUCUGGUCGCGCCAACAGGCGCUGAAAAGGACACAGAGCGCCAAAAGGUUCUCGAGCUGGCCAACGGCAUGGUUGCCAUCAAAUAUCCUUACAAGCUCGCCUGGGAUAUCUCUAUAGAGUGGCAGGACAAGAAAGAGGUCAGAGAAUGGGAUGUCGACGUCCUUCGUGCUUAUUGCUCCUUCUUCCCUGACAGCGACCUGUACAAGGUCAUCACAAGCUAUCUGACUAGUCCCAUCUCGCCUUUUCCCCCAGAAAAGGCCCAAGAGAAGGCCAAAGCAGCCCCCAGUGACACAGAGGAAAGCUCCGACGAUGACGAUGGUGGAGUUCCCACUCUUGUGGUACCUUUAACCGACGAGGACCGUCUUAUCAUGAUAUCCGAAGGCAUUAUUACCGCUGACUCAGUUUUCGCCUAUCGACUUACAGGCCAAUACCUCCUUCAUAUUGGAGAGUAUGAAUCGACCGUCGAACUCAUGCGCAAGGGAAUGGCCCUGUUGGCGCAGGAGCGUAAGAAGACAGGUCUUGCAUUCAUCAAUGCCGAAGACUCCUAUUACCUCUCACUCGGAACAGCCUUGGUGUACUACCAAUCUCCUCGACAUCACAAAGAAGCCAAGGAACUGUUCGACAAGGUUCUUGAGCGUGAUACAACUUCUACUUCUGCUUUGAUUGGCGUUGGCCUCAUUUAUGAGGAGGAGGAGGAAUAUGACGAAGCCAUUGACUACCUCACCCGAGCUUUGGAACGCGACCAGACUAACAUGAAAGUCAAGUCUGAAGCUGCCUGGGUCAAGGCGCUCAAGGGAGAUUGGCAAACCGCAAAAGACGAACUGCAGGAAUGUAUUGAACUCCUGGAAAAACAAGGAACUACAUCAAAGGAGUUACUGGGUGAAACACAACAUCGCCUUGGAGUGUGUAUCUGGAACAUCGACACCAGCAAGGCUGCGCGAAAGCAGCGAAAGGGAGAAUCCGCGUAUGCAUACUGGUUGAGCGCUCUGAGCAACCACCUAAACCAUGCACCCACCUACACAUACCUCGGAGCAUACUACGCCGAUUACGCCAAGGAUAAAGGUCGUUCGAGGCGUUGCUUCCAGAAAGCACUCGAACUUUCUCACGCUGAAGUGGUUGCAGCAGAGAGGCUUGCUCGAUCGUUUGCGGAUGACGGAGACUGGGAUAGAGUCGAGCUCGUUGCCCGCCGCGUCGUCGACUCCGGUAAAGUGAAGCCGCCACCCGGAUCUAAGAGAAAGGGAAUCAGUUGGCCUUUCGCUGCACUGGGUGUGGCAGAGCUAAACAAACAAGACUUCCACAAGGCUAUUGUGUCCUUCCAAGCCGCGCUUCGCAUCAGCCCCGAAGACUACCACUCCUGGGUUGGUCUUGGAGAGAGUUACCACAGCUCUGGCCGACAUGUUGCCGCUACCAAGGCUAUUUUGAACGCCCAAAAGCUUGAGGAAGAUACCGAAGCUGACAUCUCAGGAGACACUUGGUUCACCAAGUACAUGCUCGCUAACAUCAAGCGUGAGCUUGGCGAGUACGACGAGUCCGUCGCUCUCUACAGAUCAGUUAUUGAGACACAUCCCGAGGAAGAGGGUGUCAUAAUUGCUUUGCUUCAAACAACAGUCGACAGUGCACUUUCUUCCGUUGAGAAGGGCUUGUUCGGAAAGGCAAUACAGCUUGCUACUGAGACCAUUGAGUAUGCAAAGACAACUAGUGGCAGCGUUUUCGAGACCUUUAACUUCUGGAAGGCCAUCGCUGAUGCGUGUUCUGUCUAUUCAUCUGUCCAAAGCCGCACAAAGGACUUCCCUUCGGAUUCCAUUCGAAGUAUCCUCGAGAAGGGCUCACAGGAUGCUUAUGAAAUCUUCGCCAGCAUCGACAAAGUCGGCACUGAUGUUGUUUUCGCCCAGGGAUUAUAUGCAGACGACGAGCAGCCCGGCGUCGAUCUCACCCGGUGCAUCCAUGCCACGAUCCUUUGCCAUAAGCAGGGAGUUCACAUCGCGUCUAACGACCGCCAUGCUCAAUCUGUUGCCUACUACAAUCUGGGAUGGGCAGAGUACCGUGCUCAUAUUUGUCUCCCACCUGAAAUUAGGAAGAAGUCUAGCAGCUACAUCAAGGCUGCGGUGCGAUCGUUCAAGCGUGCGAUUGAGUUGGAGGCCGGAAACUCAGAGUUCUGGAAUGCUCUUGGUGUGGUAACCAGCGAGAUCAACCCAUCGGUCUCGCAGCAUGCGUUUUCCCGAAGCUUGUACCUUAACGAACGAAGCCCUGCGGCCUGGACGAACCUGGGAACACUUGCUUUAUUGUCAGGAGAUGUGAAAUUGGCCAACGAGAUCUUUACGAGAGCUCAGUCAACUGAUCCCGACUAUGCGCAUGCUUGGCUGGGACAAGGCUUUGUGGCCUUGUUGCAUGGCGAAGCUAAGGAAGCUCGUGGACUCUUCACUCACGCAAUGGAGAUUGCAGAUGCAUCUUCAGUGCCUACCAGACGUCACUACCCAAGCUCUUUGUUCGACCACAUCCUCACAGUUUCUCCCAACGAUGUCAAUGUUGAGUCUCUUAUCCAACCACUCUUCGCUCUCAACCAGCACCAAAGCCUCAAGUCACAAGAUUUGGCCUUUGCGCAUUUGGCAACACUAUUCCAAGAACGCACAAAUGAGAGUGGUCGUGCUGUUGAGACGCUGGAGAAGAUUUCCUCGACCAUUGAGGCUGACUAUGAGAGCACCGAAUCUCCCCAGAGCCUUGCCAAGUUUGCUUUGGCCAAGACCGAUUUGGCACGAACCUACCUUGCAUCUGGCUCUUAUGAUAAGGCGGUUGAGUGCGGUGAGCUAGCUCUGGGACUGAGCAGCGAUGAGGCCGAGAAUGAACUUUCAAGCGACCAGCGCAAGAAGGCACGAUUAUCUGCCCAUCUUACUGUUGGAUUGGCCGAGUACUACCGUAACCGGUUUGACGAAGCCAUUAAAUAUUUCGAGUCCGCAUUGGAGGAAUCUGAUGGCAACCCAGAUGCCGUUUGUUUAUUGGCCCAAGUACUCUGGGCCCAGGGGUCCGAGGCUUCUCGAGACAGAGCUCGCGAAGAGCUAUUCGCGGUGAUCGAAAAGCAACCCGAGCAUGUUCAGUCGGUUCUUCUUCUGGGUGUGAUCGCCUUGCUAGACAACGACGAGGAUAGCUUGGAGGCAGUUGUUGAAGAGCUACACGGACUCCGCACGAAUCACAAGGUCACUGCAUCAGAGCAGUCAAGCAUCGGCGAAGUGUUGCGAGCUAUUGCAACUCUGGGAGAGGGGCGCACAGAAGAGGAUAUAAGAACACAGGUACAGACAGAUAUCAUGCUGUACCCCAACCUGCCUCAUGGCUGGGCUGCCAUGGCCCAAUUUACAGGCGAUGAACAUGCUGCUCUGAUGGCACUCAAGGUGGCAGCGAGAGGCAUUCCUCCAAAGGGUCUCUUGGGUGCUCAGGAUCUUUCAAAGGCGUAUGCAGGAACAGCAACAGCUGGCGACGCUCAACGAGCGGCAUUCCUGGCUCCUUGGGAGCAAAGUGGUUGGACAUCGCUUUCUGCUGCCACUGAGAGUAUCUGA